UAUAUAUGUAAUAUUGAUUAAUAUUGGCUAUACCUACUAUGGGGGCCACUGCAUUCACUAGGUUGUGUGUGUGUGUGUGGAGUGAGAGUCACUACAUUGGAAAGUUCAGCUCUUCAAUUCAAGCUUUUGUUCACCGCGUCAUACAGCAGAGGAGCACAAGCCCAUAGAGCUGUGUCCAACGAAGCGCUCUCUAUGGUGUCCUCAGGAUAUGCAGCUUGAUCAGUUGCACGUACCUCCUGCAAGUAGAACUGUGGAUGGGGAUCCGCAACAGUGUCGAGAGGCUGCGACUCCCCGAAGAGCGUCACAAGCGAGCACGGCCACGGCCAUAGCCACGUGGGUCACGACAGCGGCGGCUGCCAUGGUCACACUGGCCAUAGUGGCGAGCACGGUGGCCAUUGCAGUGGCCAUAGCCACGGAGGGCACGGUGGUCAUGGUGGUCAUGGCCAUGCACAUUGAUCGCAGACUUCCUGCAGGCCUGGGAGAGGCAAUUCCAUCUGAGCCACGCAGACUUUUGGUAGUGUCCUGGAAUUUCUUCACUCGGCACAUGUUGCAUGAUCUUGGUUUCGACAUGUCAACUGGGUAGCACUCGAGUCCUGGGG